AUAAACCUAUAUACCUCAUUCAUAUUAACUACAUUAAUUAUUCUCUUUUUACCCCUAGUAACCAAUAUUCUAUACGUUCACAAAAAUAAAUCCUACGCAUCAUACGUAAAGCUAUCAAUUGUAUACGCAUUCAUUACCAGCAUUAUUCCUACAACAUUAUUUAUUUUCUCAGGACAAGAAAUAAUUAUUUCCAACUGACAUUGAAUAAUUAUACAAACCCUAAAACUAACCCUUAGCUUCAAAUUAGAUUAUUUCUCAAUUUUAUUCAUCCCAGUAGCAUUAUUCGUUACUUGGUCAAUUAUGGAAUUCUCAAUAUGAUAUAUACACGCUGAUCCUAGUAUUAAUCAAUUCUUCAAAUAUCUACUUAUAUUUCUCAUCACUAUACUUAUCUUAGUAACCGCCAACAACCUAUUCCAACUAUUUAUUGGCUGAGAAGGUGUAGGAAUUAUAUCCUUCUUACUAAUUGGAUGAUGAUACGGACGAACAGACGCUAACACUGCAGCUCUUCAAGCAAUCCUAUAUAAUCGUAUCGGAGACAUUGGAUUUAUCCUAACCAUAGCAUGAUUUCUUAUAUAUUCUAACACAUGAGAAUUUCAACAACUAUUUAUAUUAGAUAAUAACCUAAACAUAUUACCACUAAUCGGUUUACUAGUUGCAGCCACAGGAAAAUCGGCCCAAUUCGGCUUACACCCAUGACUUCCCUCAGCAAUAGAAGGACCAACCCCCGUCUCAGCCCUACUUCACUCUAGCACCAUAGUAGUUGCCGGCAUCUUCCUUCUAAUUCGAUUUCACCCUUUAAUAGAAAAUAAUAACAACAUCCAAACACUAAUAUUAUGUCUAGGUGCCAUCACCACACUAUUCACAGCAAUCUGUGCUCUGACACAAAACGAUAUUAAAAAAAUUGUAGCCUUUUCUACUUCAAGUCAAUUAGGAUUAAUGAUAGUUACAAUAGGAAUUAACCAACCAUAUCUAGCCUUCCUACACAUUUGUAAUCAUGCUUUCUUUAAAGCAAUAUUAUUCAUGUGCUCUGGCUCUAUUAUCCACAGUCUAAAUGACGAACAAGACAUUCGAAAAAUAGGAGGAUUAUUCAAAGCCAUACCAUUUACUUCAUCUUCCCUUAUUAUUGGAAGCCUAGCUCUUACAGGCAUACCCUUUCUCACAGGAUUUUACUCAAAAGACCUAAUUAUUGAAUCAACAAGUACUUCAAAUACCAACGCCUGAGCCCUUCUUAUCACACUCAUCGCCACAUCCCUAACAGCCGUUUACAGCACCCGAAUUAUUUUCUAUGUACUACUAGGUCAACCACGAUUUAUUUCCAUAUCCAUUAUCAAUGAAAAUAACCCCUUAUUGAUCAAUCCCAUUAAACGCUUAGCAAUCGGCAGCAUCUUCGCUGGGUUUUUCCUGUCUUUUAACAUCUUACCCACAAACAUUCCUCAAAUAACAAUACCCACGUACCUAAAAUUAAUAGCUAUAGCAGUAACCCUCUUAGGCUUUGUAUUAGCAAUAGAACUAAAUACCAUAACAAAUAAUCUUAAACUAAAAACUCCCUCGAGCAUAUUUAAAUUCUCUAACAUAUUAGGAUUUUUUCCAACAACCAUACACCGCCCAAUUCCCUUAUUAAAUCUAUAUAUAGGACAAAAUAUAGCCUCAUCUCUUUUAGAUCUCACUUGAUUAGAAAAAACUAUACCAAAAAUUACAUCUAAAACACAAAUAACACUUUCCACUACGAUUUCGAAUCAAAAAGGCUUAAUCAAAUUAUAUUUUAUAUCAUUUAUUGCCUCUGCACUUAUAAUAUUCUUACUUAUUUCCUAA